AUGGCUCCAGCCACAAGGCAAAGUGAAAUGCCUCCUGCUACUACAGGAAGAGCUGGUCCUCGUACCAAGUCACGUGGUAUCGCGGCGUUUCUAUCGCCGAUUCAGGAUUGCGAUGAAGUAUUCAAUUUCUGGGAGCCCACACACUAUCUCGAUCAUGGGUAUGGCUUACAGACCUGGGAGUACUCGCCGGUCUACUCCAUCCGGAGUUGGCUCUAUGUCUCUAUUCAUGCCAUUGUCGGGAAAAUAGGAUCGCUGUUCCUCAAGUCAAAAGCUUCUGAGUUCUAUGCCAUCCGUUGCUUCCUGGCUAUUGUGUGCGCAUCAUGCCAGACGAGGCUGUACUCCGCAAUCUGUCGAACCUUGAGCCCGAGGAUCGGCCUCCUAUUCCUCAUGAUUGUCGCUUUCAGCCCUGGCAUGUUCCAUUCGACGGCCGCCUUUCUCCCUUCGAGCUUUACUAUGUACACAUCUAUGCUGGGUCUCGCGGCUUUCCUGGAUUGGAGGGGAGGCCAGAAAGUGGCCCAAGGAAUCAUGUGGUUUGGCCUGGGUGCUAUUGUCGGUUGGCCUUUUGCUGGGGCUCUAGUCAUCCCUCUUGUACUUGAGGAGAUGGUGAUUGGCUUCAUUGCUGGGUCUUUGGGGAAAAUCAUACUUGCGAUUGGGGAUGGUGCAUUGAGAUGUCUUGCGAUUCUGGCUAGCGAGAUCUUAGUCGACUACGCCUUCCUGCGGAAAUUCACGAUUGUGCCGUGGAAUAUUGUGGCCUAUAACAUUCUUGGUGGAGAUGGGAGAGGCCCAGACAUCUUCGGAACAGAGCCCUGGACGUUCUAUUUCAAGAACCUCCUGCUGAACUUCAACGUGUGGUUCAUCUUUGCCCUCUUCUCGGGACCGUUGUUGCUGCUUCAGGCCGCGUUCCGGCCUCACGCGACCACCAAGGAGACACUCUUCCGCACGGUGACACUGAUCACUCCAUUCUACAUGUGGCUGUCGAUCUUCACCCUGCAGCCUCAUAAGGAAGAAAGGUUCAUGUAUCCUGCAUACCCUUUCCUCAUCCUCAAUGCCUCCAUUUCAUUUCACAUGGUCCUGUCGUACAUCGGCUCCACCAACCCGAAGGAGUUUGUCGGACGUCUGCCUGCCAAACUCAAGCUAGCCGCCGUGAUGUCUCUGGUUCUGAUGGCCAUUAAUGCAGGUCUGCUCCGAACAGUUGGGGUGAUUUCGGCGUACAGGGCUCCUCUCAGGAUCUUUGAACCUCUGGACCAGCCAGAUAUCCGACACGCCGGUGACUCGGUGUGUUUUGGGAAGGAAUGGUAUCGAUUCCCGUCAUCAUUCUUCUUGCCAGAUGAUAUGCGCGCCAAGUUCAUCCGGAGUGAGUUCCGAGGACUGCUCCCGGGCGAGUUUCCCGACGCUGCACACUACGGUGCUCUUUUCGAGGGCACAUCUCAGAUUCCGACCGGCAUGAACGAUCGCAAUCUGGAAGAUCCAGGGAAAUACGUCGACAUUGCCGAGUGCUCUUUCCUAGUCGACUCAUCUUUCCCCGGACGCGAGGUUACCGACCUCGAACCAGACUAUAUACACGAUGGAACGCAAUGGGAGCCGUUAUCGUGCGAGAGCUUCCUUGAUGCCUCCAAGACCAGUCUCCUCGGUCGCCUCAUCUGGAUUCCGGAUCUCCCAUUCAUCCCCGAUAGGUUCCGCCGUCACUGGGGCGAAUACUGCCUGCUCCAACGGAAGAAAUCCUGA